ACUGGGCGAAGCAUCCCUCAUCGCACGCGCAUCUUCUGCAGCCAUGAGCGGCGCGGGCACCAACUUCGGCGGGCUGUCGGAGGAGGCGGCGCGCGCGGCGGGGAUACGGGGGAAGAAGAGCACGUUCAAGGAGAAGACGUGGGUCAACCCGUCGCGCACGCUCUACAUCACCAACGUGCCGCCCGGCGCCUCCACUGACCAGCUCGAGGGGCUGUUCCGGCAUCUGGAGGGCUUCAUCGCCUUCCGACGGGUUCGCAGCAUGUGCUUCGUUGACUUCGACGAGAAACAGCAUGCCACAGCCGCCAUGUGGAAGACCAACGGCCACAAGUUCAAGCCACACCACGAUGGGCUGCUCGUCAGCUACGACAAGGACGACGGCGAGGAGAAGGGCGGGUGGAGCAUGCGGCAGCGCGUGGAGGAGCGCCAGCGCAAGGCGGAGGCGGACCUUUCUCGCGUGCUGUACCGCUGCGCCGCCUGCAGCCACUUCUGCUUCAAGCUGGCGCGCCCUCUGUCCGCGCUGCCUGAGCGCCGCACGGACGGCAGCCGCGUGGUGGAGACGGCCACGGACCUGGUGACCAUGAUGGCCGUCAAGGGCGGCCAGAAGCUGCUCAAGAGGGAGAAGGGAGUGGAGCGGCAGUUCCGCUACAACUGUGAGCUGUGCGACGCGUGCAUCGCGUACCGCCCCGUGCCGUACGACCAGGACUCCAAGUUCAUCUACCUCUUCCCCGAGGCCUUGACAGAGUCGAAGCCCGGCCAGCCAGCGCUCUCGUCCCCGGCAGCAGCGGUGGCAGCAGCGGUGGCGUCGGGUGUGCCGGUGUCCCCCGCGGUGGCUCAGCUGCGCCCCGUCACCGUCGCCGCUGACGGGCUGCCCUCCAUCCUAGGCCGCCCGGGCAUGGCACUUCCUGUUAUCGAUGAGGGUGCUGCUGCUGCUGAUGGUGAUGGUGCUGCUGCUAAAGCUGCUGGCGAUGAUGCUGGUGGGGGUGGAGGUUCCGGUGAUAGAAAGGAGGACGGAGAGGGAAAAGGGGUGAAGGAGAGCAAGGAGGGGGUGGAAGGGAAGAUGGGGAAGGAGGGAGAUGGAGGCGAGGUGGAGGAGGGUAGUAGCAGACAGGGAAAGAGGUCAGAGGAUGCAAGCUCCAAGGAUUGAGUGCAGGUGCAUGCCUGCCACCAGCCACAGGGGUAAGUUAGGUCUACUAGACCACUGGUAGGGUUGGACCCAAAGCACUCUCACCCACCACCAACUGCGACUCGUGCUGCCCAUUUCAAUUGACCAGCUGAGCUGUGCCUGUUUGCCUACUUUUCCCGUGUUUGCUCGGCCUAGUAAAAUUGAUUAGUACACUUAAAUCACUUCACUUGGUGUGUAUUUGUGGUCGGAAGUUCCUCUUGAACUGUAGUGUCGAGUGUCUGUAGAGAACACGUUUCUCUGCACUCAUAGAAAAGCUGAUUGCCAUUGAAUGAUCGUUG